CUUGAGAGGGAUCUACAUGAAAUUAACCCUAGUAAAGGGUAAGAAGAAAUUGAGAGAAGCAAGCAACUUGAGCGCGAUAGAUCCGAAGUGUUUAUGCUGGUUUGGUCUUCGCAAUCUUCAAAGAUCAACUGUUUAUUCUGGUUAGAUUUCUUAACUUAAUUUCUGUGGGACAGAGAAAAACGGAGAGAGAGAGAGAGAGAGAGAGAGGAACAGAGAAAGGGAAUUGCGAUGACGAGUACGAGUGCGAGUGGGAGUUCGGUUGCCAUCAUCUUCUUGAUCCUGUGCUUGGUACGGACGAAUCAAGCCAUUUGGUUGACCUUACCCUCCUCCGGCACAAAGUGCGUUUCUGAGGAAAUCCAGAACAACGUCGUCGUUUUGGCCGAUUACGUCGUCAUUCCCGACGAUCACUCCCACUCCCCCACCAUCUCCGCCAAGGUGACAUCACCAUAUGGGAACAAUCUUCAUCAAAAGGAGAAUUCAACAAAUGGUCAGUUUGCAUUCACAACUCAUGAGGCUGGAAACUACCUGGCAUGUUUUUGGGUUGAUAAUAAUCCUGGAGGUGGUGGAGUAAGUGUCAACAUUGACUGGAAAACUGGAAUUGCAGCAAAGGAUUGGGAAUCAGUAGCAAGAAAAGAGAAGAUUGAGGGUCUUGAGCUUGAGCUGCGGAAACUUGAAGGAGCAGUGGAGGCAAUCCAUGAGAAUCUACUCUACCUCAAGGGCAGAGAAUCAGAGAUGAGGGACGUGAGCGAAAGAACUAACGCGAGGGUGGCAUGGUUCAGUAUGAUGUCCUUGGCUGUCUGCAUUAUAGUUUCAACUCUUCAGUUAUGGCAUUUGAAGAGUUUUUUCCAAAAGAAGAAGCUUAUCUAAGUUAUGCCACACUAGUUAUCUAUGUAGAUGAAAAUGAUAUUGAGAAAACAAAAUUUGAAUGCCAUGUAAACCUAUUAUUUCAAAGAACUUCAGUUUUCUCUGUUUUUUUCGAAAGAGACUUGAGAAAGGGAAAAUAGUUAAUAGAUUUUAGUUGACUGAGUAACUGA